AUGGCUUUCUUUGGUAGAAUUGGGAAUUUGUUAAGACAGACAGCCAGCAGACAGGUUAGUUCAGAGUUGCGUUCAUCCCCGUCAUUUUUUCAGGCUAUACGCUGCCUGUCUUCUGCUCCAAGUACAAAGCUGUUUAUUGGAGGUGUUGCUUAUACCACUGAUGAGCAAAGUUUGAGGGAAGCCUUUUCAAAAUACGGUGAAGUUAUUGAUGCAAGGAUAAUUAUGGAUCGUGAAACCGGUAGAUCCAGGGGGUUUGGAUUUGUUACAUACACUUCUGUUGAGGAGGCAUCGAGUGCCAUUCAGGCUUUGGACGGUCAGGACCUUCAUGGUCGCCAGAUUAGGGUAAAUUAUGCUAAUGAAAGACCUCGUGGUUCAUUUGGUGGUGGUGGUGGUUAUGGUGGUUCAUAUGGUGGCGGUGGUUAUGGAGGUGCUUACGGUGGCUCUGCAUAUGGUGGUGGAGGUGGUGGUGGCUAUGGUGGAAAUGUUUCCAGUGGUUAUGGUGGUGGUGGCUAUGGUGGAAAUGCUUCCGGUGGUUAUGGUGAUGGUGGCUAUGGUGGAAAUGCUGGUGGAGGUGGAUAUGGUGCAGGUGGCUAUGGAUCAGGUGGCAAUUAUGGGGACAGUGGCUCUGGCAAUAACUAUCCUGCUGCUGACAGCAUUGGAACUGGUGGUGCCGAUGGCAGCUACAACAGAAAUUUUGGUGAUGUUGGUGGGGUAGGCAAUCAUGAAAGCUCUACUGGUUUUGCCGGUAGUGGAUAUGAUGGAAGUGCUGUGGAUGGUGGUGUUGCAGGUACUGGCACCAGCUUUGCUGAUGGAAGUGGAGGGUUCGGCAGUGGUCAAUUUGAUGGCAAGGCAAGCGGCAACGGAGAUGAGGAUUUGGGAGACUACAGGGAUGACAAUGACGAUACUGAUAAUUUUGCAAAAAGGGCUUGA